AUGAGCGACGUAUUACUUGAAAAAAAAAAACAGAAGCCUACUUAUGUAGAUGUUUUAUCGAAAAGAGCUUUAGAGUAUGUUCAGAAACAGCUACAUGACAAGGAAUAUUAUGACGCUUAUUCUAUGAUAUGUACUUUUGUUCAUCGGUGCAUUCAUAAAUCUCAAUAUAUUCAAGCAUUAGAUUUAUGUCAUGAUUUCGGGUUGGAGUUUAUCAAUCACCAACGUUUUGAUUUAGCAUGCGAAUUAGGGGAUUUAAUUAUCACCAUGCUUAUGGAGGCGUCUCUUUCAGUAACACAACAACGCAUUCAGUAUAUUCUUGAUAUUUUUGAACCAUUUCCUGAUCACUGUGAAAUAUCCCGUCACCGCUUUAUAGAACAUGCAUUAAAAUGGGCGAUACAAAACGCAGGAUCUGACUCACCUUUUGUAACGCAGUUACAUUAUGCUGCUGGGAUUAGUUACCUGAAGGAAAAAAAUUUUGCAUUAGCCCAAGGUCAUUUAAUUUUUUGUGGUGAUGGAGAAUUAUUAGGAACUGUCGUAGCACAAUGGCUUAAAGAAGGAUAUUAUUCGGAACGACCGUUAUUUGUUUUACGUCUGAUUCUUUUAUUAUUAGCAAAAGGAGAUAUUAAAACAGCUGAAGAAACGUUUUAUUCUAAAGCCUUAAAACUUGAUUUGGAGCAACCCGAUAUACCUCCUGCUAUACAAUUUGCAUAUUUAUUACUUGAAGCUUGUAAGGAGAAAAAUUCACAAUUAUUUGAUGUGUUAACAAGUAAAUAUUCACUUGUUAUUCGAAGAGAUAAAUUAUUUGAAGAUUUAAUUAUCAUUAUUAAUAAAAAUGUUAUGGACCGUGAACCACUAAAAAAAAAUAAUAAUUUUUUAAAUUUAUUUUCCUCAUUGUUUGGAAACAUGAAUCCGACCCUGCAAACAUCUUAAAAUUAUUUCAAGAUGCACAAUUUUUUUUUCGAUUAAAAUUGUAAAUUAGAAAAAUAUAUGUCAUUUC